AUGGUCGCCCGUCCUGAGUCACAUUUUCGCCCUAAUUAUGCCGCGGCCACAAUCGGCCGGGCCGUAGCGGAGGUCCUGUGUCACUUGGAGGAAACACGAAAUCAGGCGGUGUUUGUCCAAGACCUCGUGACCACCCAGCAGAGGAUGCUGGCUAUUGCACAGAAGGUUGCACCGGAUCGUAAAUGGGCCUCGACAGAUGUGAGCACCGGUGACACGGAGACCAUGGCGCGGGAUAACUAUGCCAACGGGAUGGUCGAUCUGGAAGCCUCGAUGAGAUUCUUUUGCCGCUCGGUCUUUGGGGAGGGAUACAGGGGAGAUUUCUAG